AUGGCAGUAGCCGUUGAAGGCACCACUUUGGAAUACACACCGACAUGGGCUCUUGCCACUGUUUGCUUCUUCUUCAUCUCUGUCUCCAUCUUGAUUGAACACUUAAUCCACCUCCUUGUGACAUGGCUCAAAAACCAUCGAAAAACCGCCUUAACUGAUGCGGUGGAGAAGCUCAAAGCAGAGUUAAUGCUUCUGGGAUUUGUGUCACUUUUAUUGGCGGUGACCCAAGAUAGGAUAGCGAAAAUUUGUAUACCUGCAAAGAUAGGAGAUAUAAUGCUUCCCUGUCGUAAAGCCGUGAAUGAGACAGAAGUGAAAACCGUUGAGCACUAUGUGAACAAAUUUGCAAGAAACCUUAAUUCUUCUGGGGUACAUGUCACGUUUGACCAAAUGCUCAGGCAAACGCAGAGGAUACUCGCCGAGGAGGAGGCAGCAGCUGUUGAAGAUUAUUGCGGUGAUGAAAAGGUUUCGUUGGUGACGAAAAACGCACUUCAUCAGCUGCACUUGCUGAUCUUUGCGCUUGCGGUUAUGCAUAUUGUGUAUAGUGUUCUAACCAUGGCUUUGGGCAGGGCUAAGAUGAGGCGCUGGGAAGCAUGGGAGGAAGAAACACGAACGAUGGAGUACCAAGUUGCCAAUGACCCCAAUCGAUUCAGACUUACAAGACAAACAACAUUUGGAAAAAGGCACAUGAAUUCGUGCACAGAGACUUCACUUCAUCUAUGGCUGAAAUGCUUUUUCAGGCAAUUCUAUAAUUCCGUAGCAAAAGUUGACUACUUCACCAUGAGACACGGUUUUAUAUCGGCUCAUCUAUCAAGCAGGCACAACAACUUUGAUUUUCAAAAAUACAUACAGCGAUCCUUGGAGGAAGAUUUCAAGACAUUGGUUGGCAUAAGCCCUGCAAUGUGGUUUGUAGUAGCCAUUUUUAUGCUGGUGGAUGUGUAUGGUUGGCACGUAUAUCUUUGGCUAUCCUAUGUUCCACUCUUGGUCGUUCUGGUCCUAGGAACCAAACUUGAAUACAUUGUUGCAAAGAUGGCGCUUCAAAUUAAAGAACAGAACAAUGUAAUCAUUGGAACACCUCUUGUUCGAGUAGACGAUAAUCUAUUCUGGUUCGGGAAACCAAGAUUUGUCUUGGUGCUUUUACAUUACACUUUGUUCCUGAAUGCAUUUGAGCUUGCCUUCUUCGUUUGGGUUACAGCCCAAUUUGGAGUAGGAUCAUGCUACCACGAGCACACCGUGAUCAUUGUUACAAGAGUUUUCUUAGCGGUGACCACCCAAGUCCUCUGCAGCUACAUUACUCUUCCUCUGUAUGCACUUGUAACACAGAUGGGUUCACAAUUCAAGGGUAAGAUACUAGAAGAUAACAUGGCUGGCAUUCUAAAGCAAUGGCACAGUGAUGUGAGGCGGAGAAGGAAGAGGGAAGAACAAGAAUCACAAUCUGCACGCACGUCUUUUUCCAUGGAAUGGAGCUCUGUGAGGCACAGCAUUUCUUCUUAUAUGAGACCAAGCACUUCCAGACGAGGUGAAAAUGCCGAUUUUUCUAACAGAUGGGAUAACAAGGACCAGACAGUAGAAUUAGAAGAAAGCUCCUCAUCAAGGGGUCACAGAAGAAAUAGUGAUUAUGGGACAUGAGCAGUAGUGGAAUCACGAAGCCCUGAGUUUAUGGGAGGGUUAAUGGCUGAAGGUCAGUUUCUCUGCAGACUCUCUGAUGGCCACUAUGCGCCCAAUUACAGGGCAAAUGCAUCAUAGUAUAGAUGUGAUGGCUGCGUGCUUCUAUUGCCCCGUUUGUUUAUAAAUUGAGAAUCAUUACUUGCAUUGCUGUGUAUACAAAAAUAGUUUAGGACUUCAAAUCCAAGCAUACUUCAUGAGCAGUUCAUAAUUCAUUCAUGGAAUGCCUUCUGCUA